AUUGUGGGCAAUUCGACAAAGUGGCACCCCAUUAUCACAACCGGGAGAUUACCCUCUCUUCUCAUAUGGGACUAACAUGUUCGCUUUGCCUGCUGAUUUUCUUCAUUAUAUUUUCUUCCUACCGAAUUUUAUCAAGUCUCCAUUUUUUCAAAUAUGGGGUUGGAAAGGAUGACAAAAAGUACUGCCAUAUAUGAUGCAAACACCUUUUCCUACGUUGAGGUUUUUGAUUUGCAUGGUGUUAAAACUAGUAGAUUGUUUAAAGAGGUGGACAUCUUGAAAUGGUGUCUUGAUUUCUUGGGCUCAGAUUAUUUAGAUCUUAGUUGGCCAAAUGGGCCAUUAUAUGGCCCAAGUAAUAUUACGCUUGUGCUGACCCUUCUUUUUUUGGUCUCGUUGUUGCAGGCCCAGCACGUGCUUCAGUUUGGAUUAGACUCAUGCAUCCGAUUCCUUAUAUGACACAACUGAAAAUAAGUUUUAUUUUUGUUUAAUGAUGAUAUUCAAUGUUUCGCAAAAUUAUUGUAUGAAUUAUUCAUCCAUUCGUUAAAUAAAAUAAUUAUUUUCUC